AUGAUUGACGGCGAGACAGCAAUUCUGCUAAGAGCUCCACCUAACGGCAACGCAUCUUUCAGUAUUGACGUCACGAAACCAUUAGAUAUUGCGCCGGGUGAACUCGUCAGCCUCAUAGCUUCAAUCAGAGUUGGGGACAUUGGCGCUCCCAACUCACAGCUCGGGUUUCUAUUGCGACGGGAAAGUACAGGCUCCCGUCUCCAGAUGAUUAUGGACGAGAAAUCUAUUUACGAUAAAGAACUUGAGACUACCGGGGGCAAGUUCGAAGAGGUGGAGAGUGAAAAAACCAACAUUUCAGACAACCCAAAGGUGAGCAUGCUCCAGGAAUCUGGCGAUAACCCCGUGGAUCUCACUGUUCGCGGUCUCAUGUUAGUGGAAGCGGAGAGAGCAGCCCUCUCCGCUGAGACCACUCGGACAGAGUCUGCUCCUAGUGGUCAGGAAACUAGCGUCACCAGUGGAAAUGGCAAAGGUGGCGGGGGCAGAGAAUCUGGGAGCUUCAGCUCUGUGUCUAGUCUCUCCGAAACUGGCACUGGCGCUGGCACUAGCCCUGCUUCACCAACCAGUUCUGGGCCUGUGGCGAUUGUGCCAAACGAGGGCGGACAUAAUCUUAUGGUGAACAGAGUCGCGCUCACCCAGAAAUGGAUUUACGCCCCCGAUGAUACCUUCUCCGCUGCCUUCUUCAACGAUGUCGACUUGGCCCCACUCAGUCCGCACCAGGCCAUGUCCCAGCUUUGCCGCCGAUGCGGUGAUCUAUCUCUGCAGUCCUCCGAGUGCCAGUUCACGGACUCUCAAGCCGGUUUAGAUUCCAGAUCCCAGAGCGAAAACUGCGAGCUUCGUGAUCUAUUAUCUUCCAGUAUCCAAGGCCAGCCGCCUUCUCCUCACGACAUGUUUUUGUUUACCCGCGUGGAGUCUUACCUCGCAACUGAUGAUGGCAACGAACGACCUAUCCUCAAUCUCUACAGAGCACCCGGGCCCAGUGUCGACCCUUUAAAAACUCUUCAAACUGGCUUCUCAAAACUCCCGGAGGCCGGCAGCGAAACCCAUUUCAAGGUGCUGAGAAAAUGGAUUCAUGACUGUGAUAGCAACCAUGAGUGCAUGCCCGCAUCGCUUGAUUUUGUACCAACGCGGCUCCUUGACAUCAGCGAGUUCGACUCUGAUGUUGUUCGGCUCCUUGAAGACAAUGACGGACCAGAUCGACACAAGAAAUAUCUGGUGCUGUCCCAUCGCUGGGGCUCCCCUGGGCACCAUGAAAGAUUUUGCACCCUCAAGGCAAACAUCAAGAUGCUUAAGAGUGGUUUUAAGGGGUCGCGGCUGCCAAAAACUUUCCGCGAUGCGAUUUCCGUAACACGAGGGCUUGGGUUGAACUAUCUCUGGAUCGACUCACUCUGUAUCGUCCAGGAUGACUCUGAAGACUGGAACAUGCAAUCCAAACUUAUGGAGCAGGUCUUCAGCUCAGCAUACUGCACCCUUGCAGCAAGCUGUGCUUCUGGGACAAACGAUGGGUUCCUCAACGCACGUUCCCAGAGACGGUGCAUUCCAAUGAUGGCCGGCGAUGUGACUUACUAUGCGUGCGAAAACAUCGACGAUUUCAGAACCCACGUCGACCAGAGCGAGCUCAAUCAAAGAGGCUGGGUUAUGCAAGAGAGGGCUUUAUCACGACGAACCAUCCACUUCGCAGAGAGCCAGUCAUACUGGGAGUGCGGUGGUGGCGUACGAUGCGAGACAAUGACCAAGAUGAACAAUCGCAAGGCCUCAUUUCUAGGCGACGCAAACUUCCCCCGUUCGGCCAGUAAGUACGCUAAGGGGCUGAAGAUUGAGUUGUUCCAGGAUCUCUACGUGCGCUACUCUAAGCUGGCUCUCACGUUCACCUUGGACCGGCCCGUGGCCAUCAGAGGUCUCGAGAAUAGACUUCUCAAUGCCUUUGAUACCACUGGCGGGUAUGGGAUAUUUGAGUGCUAUCUUCAUUGGUCCUUGCUGUGGAGGUGUGGAGGAGAGAGCAUGAGGCGGAUUGCACACUCUGGCGGUGAGCCCGUCCCUUCUUGGUCGUGGAUGGCGUAUGAUGGGGCUAUCGACUACGUGUCUGCUCCUGGUGGACAGAUUUCGUGGUCCCACGAUAUCAAAUCCCCAUUUUCCGCUGGCUCAAGCGACCCAAGUCGUGAGCAUGAUAUGGCAGCUCUCGCCCUAGAGGCCCCGGUUUGGAGCCUCGUCAACGACCUUCCCAACUGGCCCAAGUCUAUAUUCUUCGACAACCCAAGUCAAGUGUUGGAAAAGCCAGUGGAAUGCGUUGUUCUGGGGAGUGGUAACCCAUGGCCAUCAGAAGAGUUUCAGGCGCAUUGGGUUAUUCUGGUGCGUUGCAACUCGGCGAGCACUGGUGCUUCUUCUGACGGUGUGUAUGAGAGAGUUGGGGUUGCUAUCCUGGAAGGGCGUCACAUUGAUUUUCAAGGCCAGGCGAUAAAGGGCAAAAUUCGAUAA